AUUGUUGGGUAAAGAUGGGAAAACUUCUAAGCCACCCUCUACCAACUGAGAAAAAUCAUGAUAGAGAUAUGGAUUCAUUUAAAAACAUAUUAACAAACGUAGUUGUAGUUGGGUUCUUCUACUAACAAUAUUAUAUUUGGGUUCUUUUAUUUUUAUUUUUAUUUUUUUAAUUUCUAUGCUGUUUUCGCAGAGGGACAGGGGGGCCAAUGAAAGGAGACGCCAUUAUUGACUUCUUCUCAGCACUCAAUUUCUUCUUCUCACACAAAUAUAGCCAUUUUUGAGACUGCUAAGGCUUUUUUCACUGAAAAAAAAGUCAACAACCUCUUUGCUUUGCCUUGCUUUGCUUCUGAUCUGUUGGUUUUUCUCUUUUCCUUGUGUAAUCGGAAACAAUGCCAAUGCUUAUAGCAGAGAUCUUUCUCUCUGCCUUCGUCAAAUUGCUGUUUGAGAAGAUGUCCUCUUUUGCCUCCUCCAAAUUACCCACCUGUAUUGCUGCCCAGCUUACCAAUUGGACCAAUAUGCUGUCUCAAAUUGAAGCUCUUCUGAUUGACGCCGAGGACAAGCAACUGACUGAUCGAGCUGCGAACCUGUGGCUCGACGAUCUCCAGGAUCUGGCAUAUGAUUUGGAUGAUUUAGUGGAUGAGUUCGCCACCGAAGCUUUGCGACAGAGUCUCAAGGCAAAGCCUCCCCAAGCUAGUUCUAGCAAGGUAUGGAACGUCCUCCCUAAUUUCAAGCCAAGAGAUGUUAUGUUUAAUUUCAAAAUGAAGUCCAAGAUUGAGGAGAUCAAUACCAGAUUGCACAAUAGUUUUGAACAAUGUUCAAAACUUAAUUUGGUAAAGAUUAGUGUUAGAACCACAUCUCUUGAGACUCGGCCAACUCGAGAAUCUACAUCUUCACCUAAAGGUCCCAUUUAUGGCAGAGAGAAGGAUCAAAGAAAGAUAGUUGAGUUGCUCCUAGGUAGGGAUGAAUCAAGUCGUAACCACCCUGAAGUAAUUUCCAUAACGGGUAUGGGUGGGGUGGGUAAGACCACCCUGGCUCAGAUGGUAUACGACGAUAAAACUGUGAAGGAGCAUUUUGAUCUGAAAGUCUGGGUUUGGGUGUCAGAUGAGUUUGAUGUUAUGAGAAUAACAAAAGUAAUUCUUGAGUCUGUGACUGAACAGCCAUGCAAUUUUACUACUUUGGAACAAGUUAAAGCUAAACUAAGGCCAAUCUAUUGA